GCAGGGCUUCUCUAAGAAGAAGGAGGUGAAGACCGAGCGCAGCUUCUCCCUGCGCAUGAAGAGCACACUGACCAGCAGGGGGCGCACUGUCAACCUCAAGUCGGCCACCUGGAAGGUGCUGCAUUGUGCCGGCCACAUGCGGUCCUACACGCCUGCGCGGGAGGGCCUGGAGGAGGCGGAGGGGGGGUAUGCGGAGCCCCCGCUGCGCUGCCUGGUGCUGAUCUGCGAGGCCAUCCCCCACCCCGCCAACAUCGAGACCCCCCUGGACAGCAGCACUUUCCUCAGCCAGCACAGCAUGGACAUGAAAUUCACCUACUGUGAUGAGAGGAUCGCGGAGGUGGCGGGGUACACGCCCGACGAGCUGCUGGGCUGCUCCAUCUACGAGUACAUCCACGCCCUGGACUCCGACGCCGUCAGCAAGAGCGUCCACACCCUGCUGAGCAAAGGGCAGGCAGUGACGGGCCAGUACCGUUUCCUGGCCAAGAGCGGGGGCUACCUGUGGGCCCAGACCCAGGCCACCGUUAUCUCCAACAGCAAGAACUCCCAGCCUGAGAGCGUCGUCUGCGUCCACUUCGUCCUCAGCCAGGUGGAGGAGACAGGUGUGGUUCUGUCGCUGGAGCAGACCGAACGCCAGGGUGAGGGGCGGCGCCUGCCCCCGGAGCCUGCCCCUGCCCGCCAGGCCAACGGGAGCCCUGAGGAACUGGAGUCAGACACCGGGGAGACCAUCCUCAACCUCAGCUUCGAGCGGCGUGGCCCCCGGCUCCUGGCCUUCCUGCGCCCGGCCCACGUGAGCGAGGUGGAGCUGCAGCGCGACCCGCGCCGGUUCUGCAGCCCCGACCUGCAGCGGCUGCUGGGGCCCAUCUUCGACCCGCCCGGAGCCCGCGCCAAUGGGGAGGGGGCCCCGCAGACACGGUCCUCCCCCCGCCCCCCCGAGGCUGGCCUGCCACCCCAGGACUCUGCCAAGAGCGCCGCCCCGGCCGAGCUGCUCUUUGACAUGGAGAACGUGCAGAAGCUCUUCGCCUCCACCCAGGAGGCCGUGGAGACGGCGCUGCAGGAUUACGAAGCGCUCGACCUGGAGAUGCUGGCUCCGUACAUCUCGAUGGACGACGAUUUUCAGCUCAGCAGCACCGACCAGCCCCCCUGGCUGGCCGAGAAGCGAGGGGAUCCUGCUGCGGCCAGGGGAACAGGCCCCCCGCCGCCGCCUGCCUCGCCCCCACCGCGUCCUCGCUCCAGCAGCUUCCAUGGGGUGUCUGCCCGCGAACCCGACCUGCCCUGCCUGCCCCGCUGGGGCAGUGAGACCAGCCUGAGCCAGCCCCGGUCCCUCCAGCCCCCAGAGGAGGAGCCCAUGGAGCUGGAAGGGCCUGGGUCACCACCAACAGCGCCCCCAGGAGGCAACCGCAGGGAUCACCCAGCCUCACACCUGGGGGCUAGGAAGAGGGCCUUGGAGCUGAACCUGGAGGAGGAAGGGGCCGACUUCCUGGAGGCGGCGCCCCUGAAGCGCGCCCAUGGCUCCGAGCCCGACGGCUUCCUGCUGCCCUCCCUCAACCUGGGUUUCCUGCUGAGUGUGGAGGAGGGGCUGGACGCCGGGGUUCCCCGGGGCGGCACAGUGCUAGGGCGGAAGCCGCUGGCCCUGGAGGAACCAAUGGCCCUACUGGGUGACAUGCUGCCCUUCGUGGUAGAUGGUCCAGCGCUCUCCCAGCUGGCCCUAUACGACGGUGAGGAUGAGGCCUUGGAGCAGAGUGGCGGGCACUUCCAGCCGGGCGAGGAGCUCCUGGGGGAGCUGGACCAGGCCACCUGAUGGGUUGGGCUCCCGCCCGACGCUCCCACUCCGCAGAUGGGACAAACGGAACCAAACCUGACCCCAGUCCGUUCUGGGGGGAGGCACCUGCCUCUCCCCGCCAUCCCCCCCACCAGCAACACUCACCUGCUCGCCUUCCCCUCCGGGGCCCAGAGAAUGCUACCUACCUCAGCCCUGCCCCCCCAACCGGGCAUUCUGUUCCUUAGGCCUCCCCCGCCCCCUGAAAUAUUGGGGUGCGUCAGGGAGGGGAGCUCACCAGCCCUACCCUGGGGGGUGGGGAGGGGCGAGGCGAAUCUCCCUUUAAUGCUAGCCGCCCCUUAAUGGUGCUAGGGGAAAUCUGCCCCCUAGGGGUGACGCUGGGGAUUGCAAUAGAAGCCAACCAAAUGGGGGAGGGAGCAGUCCGUCCCCCCCGCUUCCCCCGGGCUCUGGAGCCGUGUCUGGAUCAGAGAGCCAGGCUGUCGUGCUGGUUGGAUCUUGGCCCCAGUUGGGGUGGAUCCCGAUAGCCGGGGGAUGUUGUCGGGGCUGGUGAUGGGGUACGGACAGUCCCCCUCGUCCUUCCUGAUCAGGGCAGGGUGGGGUCCCUUCCCCCAGUGCGGUUGCGGGGAGUCGAGAUUGGCUCUCCCUAUGUUCUGCUCACCUCACCGGACCAGCCGUCUUUCCCUGCCCUAACUGGGACCACCCUGGGGGAUUGGGGCUGCUUAUAUUCCCCCUUCCCUCCUUCCCCCCCGGUCCUUACCCAGAAUCCUCCUGGUGCCUCUUGCCGCAUUUACCUCAGCAAUGCCGUCUCCUGUUGCCCCCCGUGGGGGGAGGGAGCACAAUGGGGGGCCCAAGGGACAACACCCCAUCAAUCGCCAACUGGCAGCUAUUUUCCCCCUGGCACAAUUUGGCCCUAGGACCCCAAAUCUCUCCUUUUUUUUUUUUUUUAUUUUUUUUAUUUUUUUUAGUGGCCAAAACGGUGGCUUUGGUAGCCGCAGUGCAAAUGCUGCAGAGGCCAAUUAAGCAGGGACACACUCUCUUUUCCCCCCGCCCCCCCCCCGGCCUCUCGGGAUUGUGUUUUCCAAACCAGUUGCCCCGUCUGAGCCUCAUGGCCCCGAAUGGUCCUUUUCCAGCUGGCGGCUCCCACAGUCUGUAGCCACAGCCCCCUCGCUCUGCCUAAGAGGGGACCCCCUUUUCCGGGGGGAUCCUGGAAUGGGGGCAAUCCAUCCUGCACCCGGUGUGUUCCUUUGGCUGUCCAGGAUGUUCUGGCAAAGGGUGGGGGGGUGUUAUUUCAUAGGGGGGGCAGAGAAUUCUCUUUUCAAAUGGGUUAUUUUUAAGCUUUGUUUCUGGUUGAUUUGGGAGCAAGGGAAUCUCCAGCCACCCUUUAGGGUCAGAGUCCAGCCUCGGGUCCAAUUCUGCUCACGCUGACGCCAGAAGGGAGAGCAGCGCCAGCCGAGCGCCUCCACCCUGCGGAUACCACGUGCCCCGGAGCGGUGCCAGCUCCCCGUCCCCCUGCACCGCACGCUGCCAGCUCACGAUGGCUCGUGCUCACUGCCGCUCGGCACCGGCCUCUGCACGAGCGGGGUGGGUGAUGGUGAACUGGGCGUGGCGGGGCGAGGGGCUGCAGGAUCGGGACAGAAUCGGGUCUGCAAAGUCGAGUACGUUGAGAGAUGAAGGACGUAGGCAGGGGAAAUUUUCUUGUUCCGAUCCCGGCGAAAUCCCACAGCAGGGUUUCAAACCCGCUCUGGACCCCCUUCCCACUGCGUUUCUUUCCUUCCCCUACCCCCAUCUUUCCUUCCACUUGGCCGGGGCAAGACCUUACUCCCCUGCCCGCUUUGGACAAUUUUUUCAGUCACAAUGGGAUGUUUUCCUAAAAGCUCUGCUCUCGUUCAAACAGGUCCGAAUUGAUCAGACUAGACCAGUGGUUUUCAACCCGUGGUCCGCACGCCCCUGGGGGUCCGCAGCCUGAUUCCCAGAGGGGUCUGCACCUCCAUUUGAAAUGGUUUAAGAGUCCGUCACAGGUUGGAAACCACGGGGCCAGCCGAUUGCAGCAGCAAAUAUGUCAGGGUUGUGUUUUUACUGGUAGCGUUCUACUAGUCCAAUCUCGAAUGUGGAUGCAAUUACACCUGGAUUAAGUUAAAUCCGUGAAGCGUGUUCCCCUUCCUAUACAGGAAUAAGCUAUCCUGGGUCUACUGAGUCCACCCUAGGGGGCAUUGUAAUGUGUUAAUUACCCCGGUACUGUUAAGGCAGGGUAAUUAUUGUGUGAGAUAACCCUCUGUUUUCCCACCUAAUCAGUUCCACUUCUCCAGCCCUUAGGUCACCAGGGGGGGAAAAUUGAACUAGAUGGAUAUUUAAAAUCCGUUUUCACUGUCCCCUUUUCAAAGCCACUUAGCGGGAAAGUUUCACCAUGAUUUGAAUUCUUUGAACAAAAGUUGGGGGGAACGAAAGGUUUUUUUUUU